GCCCCUAAUUAAAAAAGGGAUAGAUGACAGGCUGCUGGAAAUGAGAUUGCGGCUUUUGGGGGGUUGGGGGGAUAUUUGGGGUUAUAUGCCCUGGAACUGGUGUUGUAGAUGACCUUUUUGGUUGCUUUUAUUUGGGGUUAUAUGCCCUGGAACUGGUGUUGUAGAUGACCUUUUUGAUUGCUUUUAUUCUAGUCAUUGUUUCUCAUAAUCUGUUCCAUUCUUCUAUGCAGUUAGGUCCUGCUUCCGGUGAAGAAUGUCCUAAGCCCCAUUAUUAAUGUUGUUCUGGAGUCAGAUUUUAUGUACAUCUAUAGCAGUUAGGAACAAAAUCUGCAUAGUUACAAGUAACACAACUCCAAAAUUAGGUUCCAGAACAGCUAUUACUCUGCCCUUUUCCCGGCAUUGCAUUCUCAUGCAAUUGCCCUUUCUCCCUUUUGCUAAAUAAAUUGGCCCGCCGUUGGAAAUUGAUGUUGCUAAUUCUUUUAUGUCAUAGGAUGGCUGUUUUUAGGGACAAAUCGAUAGAUAAAUGGCAGAGAAAGACCCAGGUGACUUCUGGUGCUGCCGCAAUCAAAGGCAAAUUGCAAGCAUUUAAUCAGGACAUUAGUCAACAAGUGGCCGGUUAUAUGAGGGAUCCUAGCAAAAUGAUAAAAGGAAUGCAGCAGAGCAGAUCGGCAGUUGCACUAUUUGGAACUGCUUCAGAUGCUACUGGAAAUGGAGAGGGACCAAACAUGGAUGGUGAUCCUGAGCUUCUGGAUGACUCUGAAUUCUAUCAACAAUUGCUGAAGGAGUUUUUUGAGGCAGUCGAUCCUGCAUCAUCUGAGACGGCAUUCUAUGCACUGAAGAGACUGCAAACAAAGAAACGAAAAAUUGUUGAUCGCCGUGCAUCAAAGAGUCGUAAAAUACGGUACAAUAUUCAUGAAAAGAUUGUCAAUUUCAUGGCUCCUCAGCCUGUAAAUCUUCCACCAAUGGCCCCCAAAUUGUUUGAGAAUUUGUUCACGGGCGGCUCUACCCAUAGGCCAAUAAAUGUCUUGCAUUAGGCCCCAAAAAUUGAAGGCUCCUAAAAUUGUUCCUAUUCGAUAUAAAAUAUGUAAUUCAAAUGAUUAUUACUCUGUACUUAGUAAAGUGUUUUAACCAGUUGUCAGUUCGUAAUCAAUCAUUAAUCACAUAGUUCUCACUUUAUGCUGUUUUUGGGUAUUUAAUUGGGGUAAUUAUAGAUGAGAGACAGAUAAUUAAAACUA